AUGUGCUACUUCCUUUGCUGGGUGUGCUGUCAGGCUCGCAUCCUGAGCUUCUACAAGAGUGACUGGAGGACAUCAAGACAUGGCUCUGUGGGUUGGAGUGGUGAGGAAGACAGUGAGCAGAUGGAAGGAGGUAGAAGAAAAGUGAUGGUGGAGGCAUGCAUGACUUGGAUAGCCAAGGAAAAGGGGAAAGGGAAGGAAGAGAACUCAGACAUGGGCAAGCUGAAGGCUGGUGGGUGGAUGUCUGUUGCUUCAAAGGUGCUAGAGCCUCCCUGCAAGUGCUGUGUCCAGUGUGGAGUUAUGUGCAUGCAAGAGAAGAAUGCGCGCUGCGGUCCUUGUGAACAGUCACAUGGGGCAUGUACCUUUGUUUUGAAGGUCUGA